AAAAUGGCGAGGGACACGAGUGAAGACAAAGCUCUCCAAGAAAUCACGUUUAAGUCCCUGGGAAUUGUAGAGUCUCUCUGUGAAGCGUGUCAACAGCUUGGCUGGAAGACUCCAACACUUAUACAAAAAGAAUCUAUACCGAUAGCCCUGCAAGGUAAAGACAUAAUUGGUUUAGCAGAGACUGGGUCAGGGAAAACAGGAGCCUUUGCUCUCCCAAUACUACAGGCACUUCUUGACUCACCACAGAGAUUGUUUGCCUUGAUUUUAACACCAACAAGAGAGUUGGCAUUCCAGAUAUCAGAACAGUUUGAAGCUCUUGGAUCUGGGAUUGGAGUGAAAUGUGCGGUCAUAGUUGGUGGUAUUGAUAUUAUGUCGCAGUCAUUAAUGUUGGCAAAGAAACCGCAUAUUAUUAUUGCUACUCCUGGUCGACUAGUGGAUCAUUUAGAAAAUACCAAAGGUUUCAGUCUCAGAUCACUGCGAUAUCUGGUCAUGGAUGAAGCUGAUAGAAUACUCAACAUGGAUUUUGAAACAGAGGUUGAUAAAAUAUUAAAAGUAAUACCAAAAGAGAGAAGAACAUGUUUAUUUUCUGCUACAAUGACUAAAAAGGUUCAAAAAUUACAAAGAGCGUCAUUACAAAAUCCAGUAAAAGUAGAGGUUGCAACAAAAUAUCAAACUGUGGAAAAGUUACAACAAAGUUAUUUAUUUGUUCCAUCUAAGUUUAAGGAUUGUUAUCUGGUUUAUGUCCUCAAUGAACUGGCAGGCAACUCAUUCAUGGUGUUUUGUGGAACAUGUAAUAAUGUACAAAGGGUAACAUUGAUGAUAAGAAACUUAGGCUUAGAUGCAGUUCCACUCCAUGGACAGAUGUCGCAGAGUAAACGUCUGGGAGCACUUAACAAGUUUAAAUCCAAGUCAAGAUCAAUCUUGGUGGCUACCGAUGUUGCAAGUCGUGGAUUAGAUAUUCCACAUGUAGAUGUGGUUAUUAAUUUUGAUAUCCCAACACAUUCUAAGGACUAUAUUCAUCGCGUGGGAAGAACUGCUCGUGCAGGAAGGUCAGGCCGUUCUUUAACAUUUGUCACUCAAUAUGAUGUAGAAUUAUAUCAACGAAUCGAACAACUGAUUGGCAAAAAGCUGCCAUUAUAUCCUACAGUAGAAGAGGAAGUUAUGCUGUUAAACGAGAGAGUUGCGGAGUCACAACGGUUUGCAAGAAUGGAACUUCGAGAAAUAAUGGAAAAGAAAAAGAGACCAGCCGAGGAAGAAGAUGACGAGCAAGGUGUUAAAAUCCCAUCCAAAAAGUCAAAGAAAAUGGUUAAAGGCGGGAAGAAGAAGAAAAGGAAAUAACUGAAGGUUUGACUAAGAAUACUUUAGACAAAAUAUGGCUCCAAUUUAUAUUUAUUUUUUACCACAAACAAACAAACAAAACAAAACAAAACAAAAACAAAAAAAAAAAACCAAAAAUGUAAAAAAAGAAACAAAAAAGGGAGAAGAGAAAAAAAUGGAAUAGAGAAUUUUGUUAUUAUUUUAUGACGCAAUUGAUAAUAUUUUUCCUAUAAUGAUCUCAGACACUUCCGGAAAAAACAUAAAAUGGACGUUUUUCGCGUGGCAGCCAUGUUGAUUUGAACAAUAGAUUCCACUCCGCGUAGCCUCGCAUUCAUUGCUUGAGAAUUAAUUUAUGCGAGUAAAACAAGGUUUUUUAUUUUCUUGAGGAAACAUGGCCACCGUGUGAUAAAGGUCCGUUUAUUUAAAAAAAAAAAAAAAAAAAUGGGGGGAAAGCAAAAAUAAGGACAAGAGAAAUUUUAGUAUGUUAUGAUGUACGGAUAUUAUAUCUCAGACACUUUCGGCUUGUCUGUAGUUAAAWAAAUUUACGUUAACGCUCCUAUUCAUACUUCUUUCUA